UCCAGAGCCUCACUGGCAGUCUCUCUUCUUCCCAAUUAUCACCAAGCUCUAGAUCCCAUAGCAACAGAGCUAAGAUUUUCGAGUUAUCGUUGUACCGAUGCUCAGUCGCUCACGUCAUUCCCUCAGUGGCAACCCGGCAUGGACCGCAUGGUCAGCGGUAACAAUGGUCGGGUGCCUACAUCACUGGCUCACAUCCGGGCCCAUAGCUCAGACUCAUACCAAUAACCACUACGGCUGCUAUUCUCUGACAGAAACCCCGGACGUGCGCCUGUCUCUAUUUUGGAGAGCGGGAGGUUUACAACAAUCUCUAUUUUCUGCCCCCUACUAGUUACACCAAGCCAGACUCACUCCUUCACGUUAGUCCUCCUUAA